AUGUUCUGGAGAAGAGAUGCGGCAUUUUCGAAAGAAGAGGAACGGCUGGCAUACAACACGCGAAUAGAGUUGAUGAGACAGACAGAAUAUCCGAUGCUGAGAGGAAUCACCUACCUCGACCAUGGUGGGACGACGCUGGCAAGCAGGUCGCUCAUGGACUCCUUCUGUACGCAGAUGAAGGCUUCAAUCCUCUCAAAUCCACACUCGGACGCAUCGAGACCGAGUUUCUCUGCUCUGAUGGUGGAGCAGACCAGACAGAAAGUGUUGAGACUCUUCAGAGCAGACCCCAACCAUUGGGACGUUGUAUUCACGGCAAAUGCCACAGCUGCUGUCAAGCUCGUGAUGGAGUGCUUCGCUGGCCAUGAUCAAGGUUUUAACUAUCUCUACCAUUGUAAUGCUCACACUAGUCUUGUCGGAGUACGAGAGCAAGCGCGGCAAAGUCACUGCCUGGCAUCAGCGGAAGAGAUGCAGUAUUGGCUGAGCGGUGGACGACUUUUUCCCGAUGAAGGAGCAACAACCCGCCCUCUCCUAUUUGCAUACCCUGCCCAGUCGAAUAUGAACGGCGAGCGUCUCCCUAUAAGGUGGGCUUCCCGAGUCCGCGAGUCUACACAACACGAGAAUACGUAUACGCUGUUAGAUGCCGCCGCUCUAGUGUCAACUAGUCCGCUGGACAUUAGCAGCCACGACACAGCACCGGACUUCGUAUCGAUAUCCUUUUAUAAAAUCUUUGGCUUUCCUGAUCUUGGCGCUUUGAUAGUUCGCAAGGCAUCUGCUCAUGUCUUGCAGCGGCGAAAGUACUUCGGAGGAGGCACAACCGAGAUGAUUGGAUGUAUCGGCACACCAUGGGUUGAGCGAAAGGAGAGCAGUGUGCAUGUUCGCUUAGAGGAUGGUACGAUCGCUAUCCGCAGCAUACUGGCUUUGAGCUGCGCUAUCGACACUCAUACCAAUCUAUUCGACAGCUUAGCCCAUGUAUCGAAGCACACAGGAUGGCUAGCAAGGAUGCUGCAUGACCAGCUGGCCGAUCUGAGGCACUCAAAUGGCAUGCCUGUCUGCCAUAUAUAUAAGGCUCUGACAUCCACAUACGGUGACCCAAGAUCACAGGGUGCAACAGUGACUUUCAACGUCAGAAACAGCGAUGGAUCCUGGAAGAGUGGAUUGCAAGUGGGUGCUUUGCUUAGAGCGAACGAGAUUCAUGUCCGAACAGGCUCACUUUGCAACCCAGCGGGGAUGGCGUCUGCACUAGGCCUUUCAGCAAAGGACUUAAGGGCCGCAUUCGAUUCCGGCUUUCGUUGCAACCAGCCUGGCGAUGACGUUCGAGGCGAUGUCCCGUAUGGAAUGAUCAGGGCCACUUUGGGUGCUAUGAGCACACUCGGGGACGUUGAGAUCUUGGUGGGUUUUGUCGAGAAGCAUCUGGCUGAGCAUCCGCACCAAACGCCACACAUAUCAGGGGGGACCCAAACGAGUAAGACCGAAGACAGCAGGACGGCAACUGCUUCUUAUGACGAGAACAGCGGGAAAGUGAUGGACCGAACCUCAGCUAAGCGAAGUAUUUGGCAGACGCUGUCUAGCUGCUCUUCUAGACGAAAGUAG